GCCAUCCGUUCCAUUUCUUAUCCCCCUCCUCCCUCCCUCCUCGAUGGCGUCCCUCCUCACCCUCCCCGCUCCCGCCCCCGCCCUCGCCCUCUCCAACCCCACCUCCUCCUCCUCCGUUCGUCUCCAGGCGUCCGCCUUCCGCUGCUGGGCGCUCCGGCGGCGCGGGUGGGUGGCGGCGGCCGUCGCCUCGCCCAACUCCGUGCUCAGCGAGCACGCCUUCAAGCGCCUCCAGCUCGGGAGCGACGACGAGGACGAGGAGGUAGCGUACGGGAGCGACGGCGACGAGGGAGUUGAGGCGGGAGCGGGGGAGGGGUUGCAGGGGGGCGAGGAGGAGCUCGCCAUUGCCAGGCUCGGCCUGCCCGACGAACUCGUCGCCACGCUCGAGAAGCGCGGAAUCACCCACCUCUUCCCCAUCCAGAGGGCCGUAUUGAUUCCAGCUCUUGAGGGCCGCGACCUGAUUGCUAGGGCAAAGACUGGAACUGGAAAGACACUAGCCUUUGGUAUACCCAUGAUCAAACGAUUAAUUGAGGAUGAUGAUGGGCAGAGUAUGAGGCGAGGUCGUAUUCCUCGGGUUUUGGUUCUAGCACCUACUAGAGAGUUAGCCAAACAAGUUGAGAAGGAAAUAAAGGAAUCAGCACCCAAGCUCAGUACAGUGUGUGUUUAUGGUGGUGUCUCAUAUAAUGUCCAGCAGAAUGCACUAUCACGUGGUGUUGAUGUUGUUGUUGGAACACCGGGCCGUAUAAUUGAUUUGAUAAAUGGCGGAAGCCUUCAGUUGGGGGAAGUUCAGUAUUUAGUCCUUGAUGAGGCUGACCAAAUGCUUGCAGUCGGGUUUGAGGAAGAUGUGGAAACAAUAUUACAACAGCUGCCUGCAGAGAGGCAAAGCAUGCUUUUCUCUGCAACGAUGCCUAGUUGGGUGAAGAAAUUGUCUAGGCGGUACUUGAACAAUCCUUUGACAAUUGACUUGGUCGGUGAUCAAGAUGAAAAACUUGCUGAAGGAAUCAAACUCUAUGCUAUCCCACUCACAGCGACAUCGAAGCGCACCAUUCUUAGUGAUCUAAUUACGGUAUAUGCAAAGGGUGGGAAAACCAUUGUUUUCACUCGGACGAAACGGGAUGCAGAUGAAGUAUCAUUGGCACUGACGAACAGUAUUGCUUCUGAGGCACUUCAUGGUGAUAUUUCACAACAUCAGCGUGAGAGGACACUAAAUGGUUUUCGUCAAGGGAAAUUUACUGUUCUAGUAGCAACUGAUGUUGCUGCUCGUGGUCUGGAUAUACCAAAUGUUGAUUUGAUUAUCCAUUACGAAUUGCCAAAUGAUCCAGAGACUUUUGUUCAUCGUUCUGGACGCACUGGACGGGCUGGGAAAGUUGGAAAUGCAAUCUUGAUGUUUACAAGCAGCCAGAAAAGGACAGUUAGAUCACUUGAGCGUGACGUUGGUUGCAAGUUUGAGUUUAUCAGCCCUCCGUCAAUGGAAGAAGUGUUGGAGUCAUCUGCAGAGCAUGUUAUUGCUACUUUGCGAGGGGUGCACCCAGAGUCGACUCAAUCCUUUCUUCCAGCAGCUGAGAGAUUAACAGAAGAAUUAGGACCUCAUGCUCUUGCUUCUGCACUGGCACAUCUGAGUGGAUUUUCUCAGCCACCUUCUUCACGUUCUCUGAUCAGUCAUGAGCAGGGAUGUGUGACAUUGCAACUAACUAGAGAUUCGGGAUAUGGAAGAGGCUUCUUUUCCCCAAGAUCCGUUACUGGUUUUCUAUCUGAUGUUUGUUCGGCUGCUGCAGAUGAAGUUGGCAAAAUAUACCUAACAGCAGAUGAAAACGUCCAAGGAGCAGUCUUUGAUUUACCUGAGGAGAUUGCAAAGGAUUUGCUUACUAUGGAACUCCCGCCAGGAAACACCAUAACCAAAAUUACAAAGCUGCCUGCAUUGCAAGAUGAUGGUCCUGCUACUGAUAGCUAUGGUCGCUUUUCAAACGACCGAGGUUCCAGGAACAGAAGGUCCAGGGGAGGCGGCGGCCAAAGAGGCCGGGGUAGUUGGGACUCUGACGGUGAAGACCGAUUUCGCCGUGGUGGCAGGAGCUUCAGAUCUGACAAUGAUAGUUGGUCAGAUGAUGACUUCUCAGGCGGUGGGAGAAGAUCAAACCGUUCCUCAUCCUUUGGUAGUCGCUCAUCAUCUUACAGUAGCCGUGGCUCACCAUCCUUUGGAGGCCGCUCAUCAUCCUUUGGGGGUAGGGAGAGUAACAGAAGCUUCAGCGGUGCUUGCUUCAACUGCGGCGAAUCAGGGCACCGAGCAUCAGACUGCCCAAACAAGUAGACGAUAGAAAUGACGUUCUUCCCUGCCGCGUGGGGUCGCUCCUUUUGGGCUGAUCGGCUUCCAACAAGCGGCUGGGCAAUUCAACGCUGCCAAGCAAAAAUCCAAGCCGAGAGCCCCACCCCAGCUGAUCCAUAUACGCCCUCCGACCUUAUGGCUUUACACGGACCGUGCGCUAGCUACAAUUUUGUGGGGUCACUUCGUCGCGCGAAGAUUUUGGCACGCUGACUACCAAAGGAGCUCCUCCAGUUUAUUCAUGUAACGCAGGCUCUACAGGGAUAUGUUUUCUUUUUGCCUUUUGCUGCCGCUUGUUGAAGACCUCGAUAGAAUGUUAACACAACACGAACCAUUCGUGUACAGUUGUUACUGCUGCACCAUUGGGACAGGCGAUGCCGCCAGAACUGUUCACGGGUAUUAGAGCCACUGCUGUUGUUUCACA